AGAACUCGUCAGUGUUUUCUUGGUGUACAAGCGGCUAGCCAACAAGCUAGCUCUGUAACGGAGUAGUUGUCGAGUCCAUAGUAUGGUCAAUAUAAGUAUUUCUUCCAUUGGAGUGCUGCUGUAGUCUUUGUGUUUACUGGUCGCUGUUGUGAGUGUCGUGUAAAGUAAGGGUAAUUAAUACAUAUCCCAUAGGUUAUUAUGGCGCAAGCCAUCUCGACGAUUUAUGUUGGCUAAUCUGCCGGGGCUUUUCCGCUGCCCGUUUGCUCCUCCUUUAGUGUUUUUUUUUCCCCUCAGCAGUUUGGAAGACAUUGAAUGAUCGGCACUGCAGCAAGUUUACAAACCAGUUCAAAUGCACCAUUGAGAGGACCGACACUGGUGUUAAUUUGUGACAUCCCGUAGGAAACCCUCUGCUUGCUACGAACUCACUAGCUAGCUAUUUAUACAUCUCUUUGUUUCCACCAUCAAAAGUGGUGAUCUCAUCAAGCCAACGUUAGACUGUCCAUGCGAAUGUGUGACAUCUACUCAAGUGUCCCGUUGUCUUUCAUGUUUGUGUUAGUUCAGUCCAGAAGACUGGAAGUUGACGGAGUCCCAGCAGGUCGUGAAAUCGAAAAGUCGGAGCGAACUCUGUCCGACGAGGACAAAUGCAAGACGACGUGUACCGAAGCGGCCAUUUGACCCAAAAUAAGUUGUCAGUCAUGUCAUCUGCAUUUUACAUGCAGUAGCCGGUGGUCUUGUCAAAAGUUACUACUGCAAGUAACAAAGUUGGAUGGAAUAGCAGGUCUAAUUGCAUGUCCUGAAGGUUUGCAUUUAUAAACGACCGGAUUUGAAGUAACGGCGCUAUGUCGGACGACAACAACGUUGACAAAUUUAUAAAGGAAACCUCCAUCUUGGAGGAGUACAACAUCAACUGGACACAGAAGCUCGGAGCCGGCAUCAGCGGACCCGUGAGGGUGUGUGUGAAGAAGUCAACACAAGAAAGAUUCGCCCUCAAAAUCCUGAUUGACCGGCCCAAAGCUCGCAAUGAGGUGAGGCUUCAUAUGAUGUGUGCAGCACACCACAACAUUGUCCAGAUAAUGGAGGUGUAUGCCAACAGUGUGCAGUUUCCACAUGAGUCCAGUCCAAGAGCAAGGCUGUUGAUCGUCAUGGAGAUGAUGGAAGGAGGUGAGCUGUUCCACAGAAUAAGUCAACACAGACACUUUACUGAGAAGAUGGCUAGCCAGGUCACAAAACAGAUAGCACAAGCGUUGGAACACUGUCACUCGCUCAACAUUGCUCAUCGAGACCUGAAGCCGGAAAACUUGCUCUUCAAGGACAAUUCACUGGAUGCUCCUGUGAAAUUGUGUGAUUUUGGCUUUGCCAAAAUAGACCAAGGCGACUUGAUGACUCCACAGUUCACUCCUUACUAUGUAGCACCUCAGGUUCUGGAGGCACAGAGGCGACACCAGAAAGAAAAGUCUGGAAUAAUACCUACCUCACCCACCCCCUACACUUAUAACAAGAGCUGUGACCUUUGGUCUUUGGGGGUCAUCAUCUACGUGAUGCUGUGCGGCUACCCGCCAUUCUAUUCGAAGCACCACAGCCGCACCAUCCCCAAGGACAUGCGCAAGAAGAUCAUGACCGGCAGCUUCGACUUCCCUGAGGAUGAGUGGAGCCAGAUCUCCGAGAUGGCCAAGGACAUAGUGCGCAAGCUACUGAAGGUGAAGCCGGAGGAGAGGCUGACCAUCGAGGGGGUGUUGGCCCACCCAUGGCUCAACUGCACAGAAGCGCUGGAUAAUGUGCUGCCCUCGGCCCAGAUGAUGAUGGAUAAGGCAGUGGUAGCUGGGAUUCAGCAGGCGCAUGCUGAGCAACUCGCCAACAUGAGGAUCCAGGACCUCAACGUCAGCCUUAAACCUCUCAACUCUGUCAACAACCCUAUCCUGAGGAAAAGGAAACUUCUUGGCACCAAGCCCAGUGAUGGGUUCUUCAUCCACGACCCAGAGAAUGGUGGAGACGACUCCAAUGUUGCUCUGGAGAAGCUCCGAGACGUCAUCGCCCAGUGUAUCCUGCCACAGGCUGGAGAGAAUGAGGAUGAGAAGCUGAACGAGGUGAUGCACGAUGCCUGGCGCUUCAACCGUGACUGCAAGCACCUCCGAGACGGACUCCAGGGCCUCAGCUGGGAUGGGAGGGCAUUUUGCGACAAGGUGGACCGCUUGAAGCUGGCUGAGAUCGUCAAACAAGCCAUUGAGGAAAAAACAAACUUACAGGAGUCUCAAUAGCAAGUGCUGAAUUUCUAUUUCCUUUUGUACUGUUUUAUUAUAUUUGUUCUUAAGCAAAUAACUGUAAAGAGACCUUUUUUCAUGUAAAUUUAAGUGCUGAAACUUUUUUUUUUUUUAAAUGGACAUGCUCGAAAAAAAACAAAAAUACUGUAAAACUGUAGAUAUAUUCAAGGAAUUGUUGGUACGAAAAGCUUUUUUUAACAAAUGACGGUGAAGAAAAGAACAGAGAAGUGUCUAUUUUUUCUUUUUUUUUAAAGGAAGGAGAGAAGGAAAAAGACAGCAAAAUUUAAUUACAGCCUGCACUGGAAAAGCAAGGGAGAUUUUUUUUUUUUUUUUUUACAACCUGCUUGUCCAAGAUACCACAUAUUUUAUUUUAGCUUUACUCAGUCUCCUUCUCUUUUUAACAAUUCUCAUAAAUCUAUUUAUUUAAGAUAAAUAAUUAUAAUGAACAAAGAAAAAAAUGCUGUUAUUUUGUACCAUAACGCCUGACGUUCAGACGCACGAAUCAGCAUGUCGCUGAUUAUGAACAAAUCAGAGCCAGAGAAAAGAUGGAAGGAUCCAUUUCAUUUAAAAAGUUUAUUCUCCACUCUUAUCUAUCCAGAAAAAAAAUGUGAAAUGUGAAGGACAGAAAGGAAUAAUUUCAUGCCUUUAAAAAACUUUUCAGUAUGAGCUGCAUUAUGUCCAAUGUUCUGUCUUGUCUGUCGUACUAGACAAGUACUCAAAUUGAUAUCAGCCAGAGGUGAGCGUUGCUUGUCUUCCUGGUCGAGGAUUCAAACAGAGGUGUAGUAGUUCUGAAUGCUGUAUAUUUCUGAUCAGAAAUCCUAUUGAGUGCAAUGCAGAUGCAUUACCGACCUCCUGCCUCCUACCUCUCUGUUGCUCCCCUGGUGAUAGUGGUGAUGGAGUGGGCUGAGAGAGAGAGAGAGAAAAACACUAGAAACUGUCACUUGGACAUGGACACUCCAGUCUUUGUAUGUUACCCGGUUGUAUUGAGCCUCAUUUCUGAUAGGUGCGUGUGUGUGUGUGUGUGUGUUAGAUAGAGGGAGAGAGAGGAAGAGGGAGAGAGGAGAAGAGUUCAAGAGGUUCAUGCCAAUUUUAGGAUGUGUUCUUUCAAGCAAACUGAAUCCUGUUUUUCCUUCUUUAAUUUCCAAAAUAAUGACUUCAGGAAGAACCCUCGAGCCUUCCUUUUUGUGUGUUUGCGUAUGGUUUAUGUAUUGAAUGUGUGUGUGUGUGUGUUUGAGUGCAACUUCUUGGGUGUUGGACAUGUGUUGUGAGUACACAUGCGAGUGAUCGCUCUUACCAAGUCUACGCUGCUUCCCCAAUAAGCCUGCACCAGAGGAAGCUGUUGUCAGUGGCUGUUUCAAUGUAGCACCUUAGUCUCUGACAACAGCUUCCUCCCUGUGGCACUCCACAUUCUCCAAUCACAUUAGACCUCUUAGCUCAGGACUCGUCAUGGCAACAUGACACUUGUAAGGAAAGGAAGAAAGUGUGGAUAGCCUCCCUUUUUAAAAAAAAAAAAGAAAAGAAAAUCCUCUGAAGCUGUGUCUGGCUUCUGCUAAAAGUAGGCAUCUCAUGAAUUCAGCCUUGUGUUUGGCAUUGUUGUAUCUACAUCUCAGUAGUGGUGACUUGUUGGAGACUGAAAAAAAUCAUGGUGUUCAGAUGUUUUCUGAAUGAUGACUGAUUGGUAAGGGGAAGGGCUUUUGACUUAAUCUCAGCCAGUCUUCUUUCAGCUGACAACAUUCUUAAAUAUUUACAUUUUUAUCCAAGCUUUCUGAAACAAUGUAUCCAUGUUGGAAUCUCCCCUCACCUGACUACAGCUCUCUGACAGUUUUCACUACUGGCAGAAUACACCUCAGGUCAGCUAAAAACAUAAUUAAUGAAAUGGUAACUUUUUUUUUUUGCUGUUUGAGGAGGUGGAAUUUGACCGAACCGAGACUGGAAGUUACUGUAAUGCUGCACAUUGCACCUCAUUUCCAGGGAAUAUGCCUGAACAUAAGUUCAGUUUUUAUCUCAAAGUGUUUUUUGGGUUGUCUGAAUCUGGCUAGUACACAAACCAAUUGGCUGGGAAAGAGCUCUCAGCAAGGUGUCAUGCAUAUUUUCAAUAGUCUUCCAUGUUGCAGCAUAAUCACGUUUGUCCAUGCAUAGCCUCUUUCAGAGAACACUUCAGCGAUAGUGGCCUCCGUACUAUGGAAUGGAAUCGCCAUAGUUUCUGUCAAGUACGUCCAAAAAUAUUUUCUGGAAAUGAGGUUACUUUUGCAAUCAUUAAUUGCUUUUAAUCGAGCAGAGAAGACUUAUAGUUACACUAAGACAAACUUUGCCUUGCCGUUUUUGAGAAGAAUGCCUAUUUUCUUGUCGUCGUUGAUUUUACCACGUCAGCCGUUCAAACUUGAGCUGGGAUGCAAAAGUGAACCAGACAUAAUCCUUUGUUUUGACACGUAUGGGCAUAGUUGAGAGCACUUGUGAUGUCAUGUGAGAAUACAUUGUAUUUUGUUCAUUUGCUGAACAGUCUGAGUUUUGUGUCCCAGUCUUCUGUUUGAAUUAAGGCAUCUGUUAUUUUUAUUUGUUCAUUUUGAGUUUCAUUUAUUUUAUUUGUGUACUAAUCUCCUCUUAUGUUGUAAUUGUGCACUUGUUAUUUCAACAUGGGAGGCCUGUACCUCAGUCAGUAUUUGUCCUCUAUCAUCUUUGAAAAGUCAUGAACAUGCUAAAAUGUUUGUAUUAAAGCGAUUCCUGCUGUUCAAAA